AAUGUUAAGUUUAAGAUGUGAAAAACCACGACCAUUUGAGCCUCUAUAUAUAGGUGUCUCGUAUGCUCAAAACAUGACAAGCCAGUGAUAGUAGCUUUCAGAUAACUGAUAGUUGUGUGCAAUUAUUUGAAUUCAAGAAUGUCUCAACCCGACUCGUUGGUGGCUGAGAUUGAGGUGAAAACCUCUGCUGAUCACUUUUACGACACCUUGAAGGGUAAGAAACAGCAUCGUAUUCAUGAUGUUGCCCCUCAUCAUAUCCAUAAGGUGGAAGUUCAUGAAGGUGAGUGGGAUAAAUCUGGCAAUAUCAAGGUGCUUACAUUCGCUGAUGGGGACACUGUUGAGACCUUAAAGGAGAGAGUUGAUUUUGAUGAUGAAAACAAGAAGAUAACCUACACCAUAUUGGAGGGUGUCAUGUUGAAGUACUAUAAGAGCUACAAGGUUAUCGUUCAUGUUUUACCAAAAGGUGAUGAGCACAGCCUUGUGAAGUGGACUUUCUUGUAUGAGAAGGUGGAUCACACUGCCCCUGAGCCAACCAAGUACAAAGAUUUGGUGGUUAAACUCACCAAGAACGUGGAGGCUCAUCUUGUUGAGGCUCGUUAAAAUGAUCCCUAAGUGGUUCACGCUAAAUAAAGUUGUGAUGUGUGUGGUGUGUUGCAUGUGGCCCCUUGGUUAAUUAUCAGCCAUUAUGUUUGCUUUAAAUUGCCGUGCGUAAUAUGUUGUUGGUUAACUUGUUAAAAAUAUUGGUUCUCAACCAUAAGUUGUGUAAUGUGUUGUUGGUUUAUUCAAAAUAUUGGCCGGGGAUCACAGGGAGGGCUACAUGCCUUUGUAUGUCUGUGAUUUGUAAUCUUCGACCAGCUAUUGAUUAAUUGAUGUUAAGGGGGAUUUAUCCUUGUUUGUCUCAAA